GGACAGCGGUGGCCCUUGGGCGGCUGCUGGCGGGAGGAGACCCAUGCCUGCGCCUGCAGCCGAACCCUUUUUUCCAGCACCUCACUCCUGCCCCGAGAGCUAGAGGGGAGAAAGCGAGACCUGGAGGGGCUCAGUCCUCUUCUCCAGCGCGAGAGGCGACCCCCGCCGUGCCAGGUAAACAAUAGCUGUAUCACCUCAGGGAAGCGGUAGCCUUGCUGUACUUUACACACAUCAACAAUGAAGCGCUGACGUCUGAGAACAAAGCUUUUGCCACCGAACUGUCAUCACAGAUCCAGUCAUCGUGUAAGCAGAAAGGAAAUACAGCAGACACGCGUGCUAACUAGCAGAUGAGAAUCCUGGCUUUGGGUGCUAUUUAUGGAGACGCGCUUUUAACGUAGAUCAUUAAAUUUCGUCUAUACCCAAUGAAACAAGAAUGAGUGAAGCCCCCAGAUUCUUUGUUGGACCUGAAGAUACAGAAAUAAAUCCCGGAAGUUAUCGACAUUUCUUCCACCAUGCAGACGAAGAAGAAGAGGAGGAGGAUGAAUCUCCUCCAGAAAGGCAGAUUAUAGUUGGAAUAUGUUCCAUGGCAAAGAAAUCCAAAUCCAAGCCAAUGAAGGAAAUUCUGGAACGGAUCUCCUUAUUUAAAUAUAUCACAGUAGUAGUGUUUGAAGAGGAGGUUAUAUUGAAUGAACCAGUGGAAAAUUGGCCCUUAUGUGAUUGUCUUAUUUCUUUCCAUUCUAAAGGAUUUCCACUGGACAAAGCAGUUGCCUAUGCAAAACUCAGGAAUCCAUUUGUAAUCAAUGACUUGAAUAUGCAGUAUCUCAUACAAGAUAGGAGAGAAGUGUAUAGUAUUCUUCAAGCUGAAGGUAUCUUACUCCCUCGUUAUGCAAUUCUGAACCGUGAUCCAAAUAACCCGAAAGGUAAAAAAUGUAAUUUGAUUGAAGGGGAAGAUCACGUGGAAGUAAAUGGGGAAGUUUUUCAAAAACCAUUUGUAGAAAAGCCAGUCAGCGCGGAAGACCACAAUGUUUACAUUUAUUAUCCAACUUCUGCCGGAGGUGGCAGUCAGAGACUCUUUAGAAAGAUUGGCAGUAGAAGUAGUGUGUAUUCCCCAGAAAGCAAUGUACGAAAAACAGGGUCAUACAUAUAUGAAGAGUUUAUGCCCACAGAUGGUACUGACGUUAAGGUUUAUACAGUGGGUCCGGAUUAUGCCCAUGCAGAAGCUCGAAAGUCUCCAGCGCUGGAUGGCAAGGUAGAGCGAGACAGUGAAGGGAAAGAAGUAAGAUACCCUGUUAUUCUCAAUGCACGAGAGAAAUUAAUCGCUUGGAAAGUGUGCCUUGCUUUUAAGCAAACAGUUUGUGGCUUUGAUUUAUUACGGGCCAAUGGACAGUCCUAUGUCUGUGAUGUCAAUGGCUUCAGUUUUGUGAAAAAUUCCAUGAAGUAUUAUGAUGAUUGUGCAAAAAUACUUGGAAACAUUGUGAUGCGAGAACUGGCCCCCCAGUUCCAUAUCCCCUGGUCAAUACCCUUAGAGGCAGAGGAUAUUCCGAUUGUACCAACUACAUCGGGAACUAUGAUGGAACUUAGAUGUGUCAUAGCUGUCAUACGUCAUGGGGAUAGAACACCAAAACAAAAAAUGAAAAUGGAAGUGAGGCACCAAAGAUUUUUCGAUCUUUUUGAGAAGUGUGAUGGAUAUAAAUCAGGGAAGUUAAAACUCAAAAAACCAAAACAACUACAGGAAGUGCUUGAUAUUACUCGACAACUUCUUAUGGAACUAGGCCAAAAUAAUGACUCUGAAAUUGAGGAAAACAAGUCCAAACUUGAACAACUUAAAACUGUGUUAGAGAUGUAUGGUCACUUUUCUGGAAUAAAUCGUAAGGUCCAAUUGACUUACCUCCCACAUGGGUGCCCUAAAACCUCUAGUGAAGAGGAAGACAGCCGCAGAGAAGAGCCGUCCUUACUUUUGGUUCUGAAAUGGGGAGGAGAGCUAACCCCUGCGGGCAGGGUCCAGGCCGAAGAACUCGGAAGAGCUUUCAGGUGUAUGUACCCUGGAGGGCAAGGAGAUUAUGCAGGAUUUCCUGGUUGUGGUUUGCUUCGAUUACACAGCACCUACCGACAUGACCUCAAAAUAUAUGCCUCUGAUGAAGGGCGAGUCCAGAUGACUGCGGCCGCUUUUGCAAAGGGGCUGCUGGCUCUGGAAGGAGAGCUUACACCCAUUCUUGUGCAGAUGGUGAAAAGUGCGAACAUGAAUGGCCUUUUGGACAGUGACAGUGACUCACUGAGCAGUUGUCAGCAGCGUGUGAAAGCGAGGCUUCAUGAAAUACUGCAGAAAGACAGAGAUUUUACUGCAGAAGAUUAUGAGAAGCUUACUCCAUCUGGAAGCAUUUCUCUUAUCAAAUCAAUGCAUUUAAUUAAAAAUCCUGUGAAGACCUGUGACAUAGUUUAUUCUUUGAUUCAAAGUUUGACUUCUCAAAUCAGACAUCGAAUGGAAGAUCCAAAAUCAUCAGAUAUUCAACUUUAUCAUAGUGAAACCUUGGAGCUUAUGCUACGUAGAUGGUCCAAGUUGGAGAAAGACUUCAAAACAAAGAAUGGAAGAUACGAUAUUAGUAAGAUUCCUGACAUAUACGACUGUAUAAAAUAUGAUGUCCAGCAUAAUGGUUCUUUGAAAUUAGAAGAUACAAUGGAAUUAUAUAGGCUUUCAAAGGCAUUAGCAGAUAUUGUUAUCCCUCAGGAAUAUGGUAUAACUAAAGCUGAAAAACUGGAGAUUGCCAAAGGCUACUGUACUCCUCUAGUUAGAAAGAUUCGCUCAGACCUGCAGAGAACGCAAGAUGAUGACACUGUAAAUAAACUCCAUCCGGUGUAUUCCAGAGGUGUUCUGUCUCCUGAACGUCAUGUCCGUACCAGAUUAUACUUCACCAGUGAAAGCCAUGUACAUUCUUUACUAUCUAUUCUUCGCUAUGGUGCCUUAUGCGAUGAGUCGAAAGAUGAACAGUGGAAACGAGCCAUGGACUACCUGAACGUUGUCAGUGAACUCAACUACAUGACUCAGAUUGUCAUUAUGCUCUAUGAAGACCCUAACAAGGAUCUUUCUUCAGAAGAACGCUUUCAUGUUGAGUUACACUUCAGUCCAGGAGCCAAAGGUUGUGAAGAAGAUAAAAAUUUGCCAUCUGGCUAUGGAUACAGACCAGCUUCCAGAGAGAGUGAAGGCAAGAGAUCUUUUAAAAUUGAUAAUGAUGACGAGCCACAUACUUCUAAAAGAGAUGAGGUUGAUCGAGCUGUUAUACUGUUUAAACCACUGGUGUCAGAGCCAAUUCAUAUACACAGGAAGUCUCCACUUCCACGAUCUAGGAAGAUGGCCACAAAUGAAGAAGAGAGCCCCCUGAGUGUGUCUAGCCCAGAGGGUACUGGUACCUGGCUGCAUUACACCAGUGGUGUGGGUACUGGGCGUCGAAGACGCAGAUCAGGGGAACAAAUCACUUCUUCCCCUGUCUCCCCCAAAUCAUUGGCUUUCACAUCCAGUAUUUUUGGCUCAUGGCAACAGGUUGUAUCUGAAAAUGCUAAUUACCUUCGAACCCCAAGAACUCUCGUGGAACAGAAGCAGAGCCCUACCGUAGGGUCUCACUGUGCGGGCCUGUUUAGCACCUCAGUGCUCGGGGGUUCUUCAAGUGCACCCAACCUGCAGGACUAUGCUCGUACUCAUCGUAAAAAGCUGACCUCUUCCGGCUGCAUAGAUGACGCCACACGCGGUUCUGCUGUUAAAAGGUUUUCUAUCUCAUUUGCUCGACACCCAACCAAUGGCUUUGAAUUGUAUUCUAUGGUGCCGUCUAUUUGUCCUCUAGAAACCCUUCACAAUGCCCUGUCUUUAAAGCAGGUGGAUGAAUUUCUUGCUUCCAUUGCUUUUCCAUCGAGUGAAGUUCCAUGGAAGACCCCUGAAAUUUCCUCACGCUCCAGUCCAAUGAUGAGAAGAAAGGUGUCUUUAAACACUUAUACACCUGCAAAGAUCCUCCCAACACCACCUGCUACCUUAAAGAGCACGAAAGCAAGCAGCAAGCCAGCUGCUGGUGGACCUUCUAGUGCAGUUGCUUCUAAUACCUCAUCUCGAAGAAAGAGUAUCCCUAGCAAGACAGAAGUACAGGACCACAAAAAAACUGCUGGGAAAAAGAAAUAACCAAGUCUUCUUAGCAGAAACUGGAACUUCUUAUACUUAGGAAAAUCAGUAGAAAAAGAUGUAAACUUGGCUGCAAACUGUCAGAGCAAGUGAUUUAUGUUUCUCCCUAGACAUCCCUGUUCAUGUAAAAAUGUUUUUAAGUCUAGAGAAAUUUUUGCUUAUAUUCAUGUAAGGAACUUUGUCAUGAUCUGGAAAUGUUUAAAAUAAUGUUAUUGCAUUCUGUGAGUAGCAGAGUUUGUGGUAAAGGUCCGUGCUUUGUUGGUAUGAUGUUUACCAUGAAUCAGUAGUAAGGAAAAAGAGCAUAAGAGUCUCGCUGGCCUGUACCAAAGUUCAGAGUCUGGUGACGUGGACCCUGCGCGCACUCAUGUUUUCAUGAGAUUGUGUCUGAACUGUAAGAACCUGUAGCUUAGGUUGAAAUCUGACUGGUGAGAUUACAUAUGGGGGACUAUUUAAACAGUAUAUUUCCAAAGAAAUCUCACUGACCACUUACAUUAGAAGAUUUGUCUUAAUCAUUAGAGCGACAUAUGUGCUGCAAUAUCUAAUAACUGGAGGAUCAGCACAUGGAUUAUUUUUUCAGUCUGUGCUUUGAAUUUUUUUAUUGUACAUUAUUUAAAAUAUUGCAUAUACAUUUGGGAGAACUAUACCUUUAUGCACAUAAAUUUGUAUAUUAAUUUGUAGAAAAUAUUUUCUUUAUAUAUUUCCUUACCACAGGCGGUGCUUUGUUCAAGAAACUUUUGUUUGCAAUAUGGCCAGAAAGGUACCUUUGGAGUUUCUUUCUAAGACAUAUAUCUGACAAGUUUAUACAUUCUUACAUUUAUUUUCAGAGUCUUUUUUAGCUCUAAGGGGAACUCGGCUAAAAAACCAGAAAUCAGCAAUGUUAAGCUGAAUUCUCUUACCUUAGGAGGUACUGUGUACACUGUUUCUGUUCUGUGUCCCAUCUGCCAGUCGAUCUUACUGAGAAAGCUGAAAGUGAGCAUCUGAAAGAAGAAAUGCUCCCUACAAAAGAUUAGAUUUUGAGUGGAAGUUGAGAGUAGAGUAUUGUGUUCAUCUGUGCUGUAAAACAGUCAUCAUCCUUGGUGCUUUUUCCCCAGUGCGCAAAUAAUUGUGAACCGUUGGAAAUUAUUGAAACUACAAAGCAAGCAGUGCCACACACGAAGAAUUCCAUGCAUUGCAGGCUACAUGAUUCAAAUUGGUAACACGUUAGCUUGAAGCUUUUGUUUAAAAAAUUACUAGAUCCUCAUUAUAUGGAUACAUGCAAUUGUUAUAAUUCUUCAAAGAGGCUCUUCUAGUAUUAAAUCAUCACAUGUAAACUGACUCUUAGAAAAUAAGCUAUGACAUAGUAGUGGUUUUAAAAGGUACCAGAUGCAAAAGUCACAAAAAUGUACAAUUAAAUAAAUUCUUACGUUUCACUUGAAUGUAUACUGUAUAAAGGUGUGUCUUGUAAGCCGUUGAAUGUACCUGCGUUUUCUGUAUGUGAAAAUGUGGUUAGUGUGCUCAUUAUGGGGCUGAGACAACUCCUUGUUUUUUAAGUGACUCUGAAUAAAAUACUUCUUUCCAGAAUCAGUGAUUUAAAUGAGAAGUUAUUUUUAUUUCUUUCCAUUUAGCUUGAAACUAGAAAGCUAGUCCAAAUAUGCCUGGG